GAGAGCGGGGGGCGCUCCGAGCGGGGCCGCCUCGGGGUCGCCUCCCGGGCAGCACGGUGACGCCCCGGGACAUGGGGCUGUAGAGGCGAGAGGGCGCGGGCCGGGCCGGGGCAGGAGAAGCGCGAAAAAUCAGCGGGGCGCGGGCGGGGGUUGGAAUCGCAGAGCCCUGGGAAGCGAGGGUGGACGGGCCCGUCUAGUCCAACCCCUGCUCAGAGCAGUGCCAGCCCCGACUAGAUCAUCCCAGCCAGAGCUUUGUCUACCCGGGUCUUAAACAUCUCCAAGGAUGGAGCCUACCACCUCCCUGGGUAGCCUGCCCCAGGGUCUUACUCCUCUCCCAGCGAGAGCAGUUUGCUGGUGCUCUCUUACACAAAGACCCUUUUGCCGGGAGACCAGGGAAACUGGUGGCUUCAGCAGGGCCCGUUUGUCUUGUUCAGAGGGCUUUGCAGACUUCCAGGGAGCCCUUGGGAGGCAAGAUGGAUUGAAGGGCUUGGGGUGGGGGCAGCAGGGGACCCUGAAAGGAAACUAUUUCCUCUGCAUGAAGUGUCCCAGGUUUCACCUCUGCACUAUUCCUCAUGUCUUGAAGGUCUUGCAUUGGAAAGCUUGUCUGAUGCUUUCCCAUCUAUGUGGGCGGGCCAGUAAAAGAGGUCGCCCUGAGAAACCCAUGCCUCUUGCCUCAUUAGUGGGAUUUGAAAGAGAAGGUUGUGAUGCAGCUGUGGCAUUCGAUAGGGCAUCUCUGUUGAAAUGGGUGGCUUUCCGGUGCUUUUCUUAGACCUGAGUUUGGGAGAUGAGAGUUGCCACAUUGGAUCAGACCUGAGAUCCAUGUAGUCCAGGAUCCUGUCUCUGACACUUGGCAGGAGCAGAUGCAUGAGGCUAGGGGGAGGACAAGGAUAACACAGGAGGGAGAUGGGGAUAAUCUCUGUCUUGCUUCACUUGAGGUGUCACCAUGACCUCAGCAUGAGAGCAUGUAUUUGUUAAUGUGUUAACUGUUAGAGCUCUGAAUAAUCUUACUGACUAUAGAAAUAUCCAGUCGCUUCUUGAAUUCUGAAUUUACAUCAGGAUCUCCAGGUUCGCCCAUGAGGCUGAGCUAAGAAGGGGCUCUGUGAAGGCAACCUGGGAUGGGGGAACUGGAUGGCAGGAAGGUGCAGCACCUCUUCAGGGCCGUUGCAUGUCUCAGUUUCCUCUGAAGUUCAGCAGAACCCCUUGUGGGCAGGCAGCCUGGGUAGCCCAUGCUAGAGCCUGGGGAGGAGGAAACUGAGCUCUGCUCUCCUGCUUUUGUCCUGGUGCUGUGCUGUUGGGAAUGUUUACUAUGGGCGUGGUGUGGGGUUUUCAUGAAAACAGUGAAGACCUGACAAAGGAAUUGCAUUGGACUCAGCAGUUACCAUGACAUCGGAGAACCAAAAGGUUGCAGCAAGCUACAGCAUAUUCAUAUUGUGUUACUGGGCUCACUGCUGACCUGGAAGAGGGGGGUUGGCUUGUGACUCUCUGAAGCAUGUCUUGUUGCAGAGCGAUACCUGGGCUGGUGCUGUCAGAGAAGGUGUUUAGAGCCCUCAAGCUUAAUGGGGGUGGUUGGUCAGGAGUUGUUCUGGCAGAGUCUGUGAGGACUGGUUUCAAUGCACAUCACAAGGUGUGUCUGUCUGGGCCUGGGCUCAGGCUUUGGUGACAUUACAGCUGAUGUGUUGAUUGGAAGGGUGGUGCUGCCACUGAAGCUAAUUAAAGCUUUUAUAUGCAUGUUCAUAAAAAAAAAAUGGUGUCCCUUGAGCCCACAGCAAAAAGGUAGGGACCUUCUUUUAUGUGUAAAACAAAAUAAAUGUGUGUAGGUGAAACAUAACUUGGAGGAGUUGUGUACAUGUGUGAAGACAAAGAAAUAAAGCGAGGACCUCAGAAUGGUGACCUGUGUUAGGUCUUUUGAUUGCUGGCUAGUAGGAGCAUAGUUGGGGAAGGAUGGAGAAAGGGCUUCUGUGGUUUUGUUGCUCAUCUUCCAGCAUCUUUAAAUGUGAGUCAAGGGUUCACAGAUCUGGAUGGGCAUUUUAUUUUGUGGAGUUUUACUUAUAGGUAUGCGAUACUCAUGGGAGGUGAAUGAGAAGGGGAAAGCAGGGACAGCUGAGAAACUGGUGGAGAAGUAACAGGGCAGGUGGCUAUUCAUGCCAGACAACAACAAAACAGCUCCCUCAAGGGGGAGGCACUGUUCUGAGGGACCCUGUCCUUGGUUCUGGCUGCUUCAGGCUUUAGGCGGGAUUGAAUCCGUUGCCCUCCAGGGCCCUGCACCUAUGGCUUCUCAGUCAUGCCAAGCCUAAAGAAUCAGGCACAAAAGGGAAACUGCCAGCAUGUCAGGAGCAGUGAAUGGCUGGGGAGUUCAACCAGCACUUGUACAGGGCAUGCUGACCCUCUUCUACUGCAGGUCUGCAAGGACCCUAGAGCAGGGGUUGGCAACAUUUUUUCGGGCACAGUGCCAAAAGCACCCACAACGUUGACUUGUAGGGUGUUGGCAUGCCAAGUGUAUGCCAACACCCUACAAUGGAUGGCAGUGUAGCCCUGGCCCCUUCCCUGCUGUCUGCCCCAAGGUGCGCAUGCCAAGCAAAAUGCCAUUGUGUGCCACAAGGGCACCUGUGCUGGGGGUUGCCUGCCCUAGAGCUUUUUGCCCUGGGCCAUAAUGGUGCCACUUGUACAGAAUCUCCUUGAUGCUGGUCACGAACCCAGUGACUUGGGUCUGUGCCCACAUGAGGUGUUCCUGGAACCAAGUUCUGGUUCUGUCCAUGGUGAGGGCUGAGGGACCCCAGCAUGUUUCUGUGCUGUGCUUGGUAGACUUAAAACUUCCUCCCUAAGCUCUUCAGGACCCUGGUUUGCAAGUUAAUGGUGAACAGGAAGGCGAGUCAGACAUGGAGGAUUCAAUUCAAAGGCCUGUUGCUGGGCAGAGGGGAUGGCAGCAUUUAGGACUAGCUCCCUCCAUCCUCAGGAGAUGGUGUGAGUUGAGGAUCCUCAGCAUUUAGAGCUUGCUUGGAACCAGCUGCUGACAGUUGUGUACAGUGUCCCAGGUUUAUCAGUCUUCACAUCAGAACUUCAAACUAUACUGCAGCUGGGGAUACUUUAAACAGACUGAGUCACAGCAAAUGCUGGCUGAGGUUGCCAUAGAAAUUGAUUCUGUUGUUGCUAGGAGCGUGGAGCUGGUUGUCAUUUGGCAGUGGCUGCUGCAUGGUUCCAGCGUUAACUCAUGAGCCAGAGGAGCACCAGGUCUCGCUCCCUGUCGCCACCGAGACCAGGGGGAGGUCAGGCAACUCCUCCUGUUCUUGGAAGGGGACAGGAAAUAGUUUUGCUCUGGUCUCUGACAGGCUGCAGCUCCAUCAGACCCUGCAUAUUUUCUGGUCUGCUGUGAAGAUCCUCUGCCCAUAUAUGUCUUGCUUGCUCUGAUGGUGGGAAUCUGACUUGCCAUGCAGUAGCUCCCAGCCAUCUGGGAGCCAAGGGAGAGUUGGACUGUCUCAGUCUGCUGAGGAGGAGACGGGGGAGUGUCAGAGCCUUUAACCCUUGAUGCUUCAGAGCAUGGGGACAAACCCUCAGAGCAUCAACUGAUGCUCGCCUAUCCUCCCUGCCCAGCCCCCACCUUUUUCAUCCCCUACUUUUGGUGUGAUCAUGAGCAUGUGGACCAGACCCUAGAAUCAGCUGGCUCACCCUGAUUGCUGUCAGCCUUGUUACCCAUGUCCUAGUCAUUGGUUGUUGUUAUCUUUGGUCUGUCAGAGAGCCCCAUGGGUCCUUCCCCCCCCUUGAGGGAAUUCCCCCCACAGUGUAGAGUAACCUCAGUUUCCUCUGUUGGUUGUCAGGCAAGCGCGUGCACCCUGCUGCUGUUUUGUACCCCCUACAAUCCUCUCCUGAGUACUUACAAACAAGAGGCUGCACCUAGAUCCUUAUCUGUCGCUGGAGGGCUGAAUAUGAGUUCUUCUCAGCAGCACCUCCUUAAAAAAGGAGAGUUUAAGGAGUGCUGCAGCCUCCCACCUUAUUUGUUGACUUGCGUCAUUGUUAGCCCUGGCUUCUUAGGUUGUGGACACAUGUAACAGUUGAAUUAUUCCAAAAUGUUACCAACUGGAAACAGGUUCACAGUUAUGUGAAGUGCUUUGGCUCUGACACUGGGGGAGGCGGAAGUGAACACCCAGUUCAGCAUGCUUUGUGGUGGGUGAGUUGGGGGAAGGGGUGCUUGCCACAUGGUUUAGAGGUUCCAGGGGGUGGCUGACCUGUGGCUGGGGGCAUUUUCACUUUUCUGCUUUGUCUUCUCUCCUAAGCAUGAGAUCAGUAAACUUCAAUAGCCUGCACAUGACUGAAGUCUGUAGCGUUUGCCUGAUGGCAGGGGAGGGGCAUGUUUGAACCCACACUUCUUGUUUCCCAGGGGGCAGAAGAACUUUAUGAAGGGCUGUGGCUGAGGUAGGGAGUGAGGAUGCAGCUGGCUGUCAGAAAAUAGCUUUUAUUGAAAAAGCAAAGCAAGGAAGCUGACUGGUUUACACUACAAACAAAAGUGGGGGAGGGACAGUAGAGUUCUGGCUAUACACCAGAGUAGGUGUGGGGGUGGGGGUGCGAUGUGUGUCCAUGCCCUUAUACUUCUCUUUGGGAAGCAGCCUUUAGCAUCUGAGUUCCCAUCCCCCUUGUGCUGCUAACAUUAGCCCUUCUCAACAGUCCAGAUCUGCUCUUUGGCUGCAGCCACUGAGUCCAUUGGCCCCAUGGUAAUCAUCAGGUGAUCAGUGGAGCAUUUAAGUCUCCCCUAAGCAAUGGUGCCUUCCUGGGCUCAGUUUGGGGGGUUGCACCCACAUCCUGCCCCAGGUGGGAGCUGCAGCAGCAAUGAAUUCUCAGACAUGCCAGGUGCCGUGCUGUGCUUGGGUCCCUCCCUGCCUGCUGCCCUAUUUGUGGUGGGGAGAGAGGUCUUCCUGUGUGUGGUGCUAGACAGAACAGGAGGAGGGAGGAAGAUGCCGGUCUGUCUCUACAUUUUAGUCCAGCUAGUGAAACCUCACUGGAGAAGCUUCUAGCAGCUCCCAUCUGGAUUCUGAUUUCACAGCACUGAAGUGCACUUGUGGGUUGCUCUGAGAGCUGUGCCCUGCCCUUCCUCCCUGCCAGAGCAGGGGGCAUGAUUCUCUGGAAAGCUUCCAGAUCUAUGCCCUGCUGUGCAAGCAGCUGGGCCUCCUACCAGCUCCACUGGGGGGAGGAAGGUUAAUGGCUGGUACAGGGAGUGUCAGGCAGGGGCUGGCGUAUCCUGUCCCCUUCCCUUGCAUCUUGGUAUCACUCCACUUCAGUCCAAGUGCUAUAGAAGAAGAGUCAAGGCAGGGGCUCCGUGAAAAGGUGUCUUUGCAGUCUUCUCUUAGGCUGUUCAAGCAAGCAGCUGAAGGUUGGGGGCCAUGGCCACAGACCCACUCUCAGAGCUGCAGGAGGACCAGACGCUGGAGGACACCAACCAGUCCCUCAGUCAGCUCAAGCUGGCCUCCAUAGACGAUAGGACCUGGCCAGCUGAUGAAGUGCCUGUUUUUCCCAGGUCAGAGGACUCCGGAGGUUCGCCUGAGUCCGUCACUCACCUGAAGUGGGAUGAUCCGUACUAUGACAUUGCGAGGCACCACAUUGUGGAAGUAGCAGGUGAUGACAAUUUUGGAAGGAAGGUCAUUGUGGUCAGUGCCUGCCGGAUGCCUCCCAGCCAUCAGCUUGAUCACACCAAACUGCUGGGGUACCUGAAAUUCACACUGGACCAGUAUGUGGAGAGCGAUUACACGCUGGUGUAUCUGCAUCAUGGGCUGACUAGUGAGAACAAGCCAUCCCUGAGCUGGCUGCGGGAUGCCUACCGGGAAUUUGACCGCAAAUACAAGAAGAACAUCAAAGCGCUAUACAUUGUGCACCCAACUAUGUUCAUCAAGACGCUGCUGAUUCUCUUCAAGCCCUUGAUCAGCUUUAAGUUUGGGCGGAAAAUUUUCUAUGUGAACUUCCUGAGUGAGCUGGAGGAGUAUGUGAAAGUGGAGCAGCUGGGAAUCCCAAGCCAGGUGCUAAAGUAUGACGAAUACCUGAAAUCACAACAGAAACCUUCUCAAGUGCCCCAGAAACCAACUCCUCCACGCCCACCCCUGCCGAACCAGCAGUUUGGAGUCUCCCUCCAGCACCUGCGGGAGAAGAGCCCUGAUCAGGACCCUGUCCCACGGGUGGUCAGGGAGACCAUUGCCCAUCUUCAGGAGCAUGCUUUGGUCACAGAAGGGGUUUUCCGGAGAUCAGCAAAUACGCAGGUUGUCAGAGAGGUCCAACAAAAAUACAACAUGGGGAUGCCAGUACAUUUCGAACAGUAUGAGGCUGUUCACCUCCCUGCUGUGAUCCUCAAGACCUUCCUGCGGGAGCUGCCAGAGCCUCUCCUCACUUUCAACCUCUACAGCCACGUUGUCAACUUCCAGAAUGUGGAAGAGAUAAACCGUGUAGACACUGUUCGCAAAAUCCUUCAGACACUGCCUGAAGAGAACUACCAAGUACUCCAUUUGCUGACGGCCUUCCUGGUGCAGGUGUCUGAUAACAGUGAUGUGAACAAGAUGACAAACACCAACCUGGCAGUGGUUUUUGGCCCAAAUCUCCUGUGGGACAAGGAUGUGGCCAUCACCCUCAAAGCCAUCAAUCCCAUCAACACCUUCACCAAGUUUCUGCUGGACCACCAAAGGGAGCUCUUCCCGGACGUGGAGGCCUGAGCCUGGGCCAGCCCACGCUAGCACACUGUGCCCACCUUCCCGCCUCCUUUCCUACCUUGUUGCGGAGCUGUGACCAAGAGUCUUCAGUACAGAGGGGCCAUUGGAGCUCCAGGUGAUGAGUGGAGCGAGAGCUGUGGAGACGGUGGAGUGAGUGUGUGAGUGAGCAAGCAAAUGACUGGCUGCCCAAGGUGGAGUUGGGGAGCCGGUCUCCCUGUUCCUGUGUGUUGGAGUCCUGUCCUACAACCCAAUCCUGCACAGCUCCUCCAGGGCUCAUCACUGGCCAUGCUGCCCUGUAAGAUGCCUUUCUUUCCUUCCUUCUUCUUGUGUGUUGUUCUGCUCUCCUGGGUCUCCCAGCAGAUCCUCUUCUGUGCAGCCCACCAAAAUCCUGGUUCAUUCUUCCUCCUUACAUCAGGGCCAGGCUGGGUUUUCCUGGAGGUUUUCCUGGAGUUUCCUCGGGCAGGUCUCUUGCUGUCAGCCCUUCCUCUCAGGAUUGGAGUUUGUGUUGUCUUUCCUCAUCUGUGCCUGCAGCAGGUAAUUGGGAACAGGCAGUCCUUGUGCUGUAGGUGUGGUGAGAACAGCACCCCUUGCCACAGGAUAAGUGCCACCUUAUGCUCUGGGUGCGCAGCAGGCCAGUGAAGGAGAAUCUGACUCUUGGGGUAUCUGGACUGUGGGUAAUUCUUUCUGAUCAGGUGAGCAUUGGAAUCAUGUGGGGACAAGUGCCCUGGUGGUGUUAGCUCCCCAAACUGCCAAAUCCCACAGUGGACACUGCCUUUUCCCUAUAGCUGCAGCACAGGGAUGCUUAUUCCUACUGACCCACCCACACUUACACACCUGCACGUUAGUUGUGGACUGGCCAGCAAGGGACCUAGGCCUUUAGCUGUGGCUGUGUUUUCUCUUCAGUAUGAGGGAGCUUCUUUCAGCACGCAUGUAAUUAAGAGCAUGGCCUGGAGGGAAGGGCCUGGGCACUGAUGCCAAACCUUAUCCCAGCAUGUGAGAAGCCUGGAUUUACAGAAACCUUCCCAGAUGCUGAGCUCUCCCAUGUGUCAUAACUGUGAGAGGAAGCCUGUGCCAUGCAGGGGGCCUAGCCCCCUCUCCUCAGUGGCCUGGACUCUUGGUUUUCUGCAUUCCCUAUACCCUUGGCACUGAUGGAGGGACUGGGCUCUGCUGGAUAGGUUCAGGAGCAGAGUAGGCCAGAUUCCCUCCUGAGGCAGCUACACUGCAGUCAUUGCCCCCAGUGCUGGCUUCUUGUAUGCUAACCUAAGAGGGAGCUAAAGCUCCCUCUCCUUGGCCUGCAGGAGAUGGGCUGCCACCUUGAUGGAAUGAAGCUCACCAGCUUCCAGCCUCCAUCUCUGGGCUAAUGCCCCGCUCCUUCUGUGCCAGCACUAGUCCCAACCGCACUAGGCCACUGGGCAAAUACUUGGACCACAUAAGAGCUCUUUUUAUAAGCAUGUUUUGGAUACUAAAUGGAAGCUUUUUAACAGGAUUUGAAUCUGCCCUUGAAACCAUCCCAGGGCUGGUUUCAAAAAAGGUGAGACACUGCUGAUGAGCAUCAACAGCAGAAACAGGGGGCUUCUCUGCUAGGCCCUGAGGGCAGGGAACCAGCCAAGGCAGGAACACCACCCAGACGCUCUGAGCUAGCUCUGACUAUCCUGUCUUAUGGGUGGCAUGUGGGGUAACCCCAAAAAGGGUGGGAUCAGCGAGCUGAGAAUUCUUAUGCAACACCAGAGAAUAGACCCUGCAUCAAUUGGUUCAGUCCUGUCCCUGUGCAGGGCACUGGCGAGUGUCCUAGGGGACUGCAGGACCCAUGCUAAGGUGGGGCCCAGGCCUGGAGAUGGACCUGGCUCUUGUAAGGAUUGUAUUCUUCCUCUUUGGCUGGGCCCUUAGUGCCUUUUACUGUGAAUAACUGCCUGGAGUUGAAAAAUGAGCUUUGGUGAGUCACCGGGAGCUCCUAGUAGACCCGUCUUCCACCAAAUCCAAGGUGGAAGGUAGUCUUACCAUAUAGUGAGCUCUUGGGAGUGCUGGAGGGACACUCUUCACUGCCACUGAGGUCAGGGUAGGCACGUGGGAGAGGUACAGCUCUACACUUAUCUGAUCAGCAGCCUGGAAUCCAGUUAGGCCUGUCUUGGUGGAAAUCUUGGGAGAAGGGGAGUGCCUGUGAAACCCAGGGUGCAGCUGCUCUUUCCCUUUUCUCAUGGGAGAUUCCAUGAGACUGCAUCCAUUUCAGAAUGAAGCAAGGCUGGGUUCUGGCAUCCUCCAAGCCAGCUAAAUUGAAUGUCUGAGCCAGCUAGUCUUCUUGGGAACAAACAAAUGUUAAGUCCAGUAGCUUGGAACAGGAAGUGUCUGUAUGCUGGGGCACAAGGCCAUGGCUGCAGGCUGUGCCCCUGCUCCCUGGGGAGGGCAGUGACUUCUAGCCUCUGGGCAGAACUGGUCACACUGACCCUUGGCUUUCAAUGCUAGGAAGCAUAGGCUGUAUUUGGGCCAGGUGUUUUGUUGGCCUCAUAGAAACUUACUUUUAAAACUGAUUUCAUGGGAUUUUCUGGAGAAUCAUGGAACCUAUCCCCACCCCCGCUUGGGAAUAAAGCCUAACUUGGGGUCAGAGCCCUGUGUGGGGAAAGGAGCAGCUUGGAGGAAGUUCAGGUGACUGGUACUGCUCAUGGUGGGAAAGUGCUUGCGAAGCCCUGGAAGAGUCUCAAUGUAAAUAUCCUCCUUCCUUUGCCCCACCCCUUGCUGGAGCUGCCAAGAGGCCUGGAGCAGGCCUGGCAGUGAUGGCUGCUUUUGCUUCUGCGAUAUAUUUGCCUGGAUGCCUUUCAUAACAGCAUUACUUUUGUGGCUUGUGUGUGGAGCUGUGACUGGGACCUGACCAUAGCCUUCAGCACUCUGUAGUGGGUGGAAGGAGGAUAACUGAGUCUGUCUGCCAACCAGCUCUAUCCUGUGAUUCCCCUCAUAGUCGUCACAGCCUCCUGACGUGGAUGCUCUAUGCCAGGCUAGAGCAGGAAGCCGGGCAGUAGUACAGGCAGCUAGAAUGGUCAGAGGACCAGCGCUGUUUGAAUUUUGUUUGAAGGGGUUGGUUGCUGGUGGGGCUGGAAUUACUGUUAGUCUCCUUCACUGUGUCAGCCUAGUGGGUACAGCUGCCCAGCUCCCUUCCCUAGCUUGGCUUUCAAAUUAGCUGUUAGCCAUAGUGCCCUUGUGGGGGUGGAACAUUUUGACUCCCCUCUGCACCCUGCUGUGGGCACUCAAACCGUACCCCUGCCUGUCCAUUUUAGUGGCGUCUAAGUGGCUCCUGAGCACCUGCUUCUUCAUGGGCACCCAUCUGUCCUGGAACUGGAACCUUUGGAUGAUGCAGGUGUUGGUACAGCCUGGUGGAAGCCUCAUGGCAAUGUCUUAUUUGACUCCUCAGAGUCCUCUGAGGGCCAAAUUGGCCCGUUUGCUUUUUCAGGGGUAGGGGCCCCCGUGCAUAACUUGGAGCUUUGCUUUUCCUCGCUGGUGUUCCCUGCCUUCUCCUCUCUGUUGAUGUUCAUCAGGUGCAGGGGCUGAGGUUUUUACUGUGACUAAUUCACAUCCAUGUUUAUUUUCUUCUUGUUGGCACCAAUCUUGUAUUUCACAGUUUGCACUUUUUGUAUUUCAAUAAAAAUCAAAACCUGA